AUGUCUACGGAAGUCGAGAACAUUAAUGUUGAAGCUAAUAGAGAAGAGACACUUGUUCUAGGCAGCACAUUAUUAGGCGAGGGGAAUAGCUCUUCGAACGCUUUUUAUGCAUUUCAGCUCGGGAAUACAGAGGACACAGAUAUAGAUUUUAGUCGAGGCGGUCAGCUUGAAAUUGAAGACGACGAAUUAAGAGCUGAUUUGUAUAGUCGAUCGAAUGACGAACCAAUUACUUUCACUGGCUCGAAAUUAUCUAAUGAUAACGGAUCAAGCAACAGCACCAAGAAAUGCUUGUUGAUUUAUGAUGAACAAACUCAGGUUAGUGACAGAGACCAAGAAAAAGACGUAUUGCUCGAUCGAUUAAUUGGUUAUUGCAACAAUGAUAAUACCUGGACACUUGAAUUGGUAGACACUUUAUUCGACCUUACAAACGUUAAUAAUGACUUAAAUACAUCAAUUACAUCAACACCAUUAUCCACAACAGCUGCUUCCACGCCAAAUCGUGAGCUUAUUAAUACGAUUAAUACCUCGUCAUCUACACCGAAAGGAAGUAUCACAUCGAACCUCGUCUUACCAUCGAAACCAACACCAAAUUCACAAAAGUCCAAAAAAACCAAGACACAUGUAGUCCCUCAAAUAGAAUCAUCUGAUUCUAUACAAAAUGAAUUAUUACUUGAUCAAGAAAACCCAUUGCCGACUGUAAAUUCAUUGUCAUUGAAUAAUACUAGCGAAGGUGAAAAUAAGAGCAGACAGAGCGGAACCGAGUCCUCUGUAGCUGGUAGUUCGUCUGGUAGUUUAUCUUCGGAUUCUGGUUCUGAUGAAGAAGAAGGGUCACCAUCUUCUGAAUCGGGGGAUGAUGAAAUUGUCUCCCGAAGUAAAGUAAACACAUUGCGAGUGAAUGUUACAACAGUAAAGAAUGUUGACGGUCCUAUUUCAUUGGGAAAACUACUUGGAGGGUGA